UUUGAUUGCAUUUUGCCAAGUACUUGAGUAUCUUUCGGACAGUCAUUCAACCCACCGCCCAAACCAGAAGGGAGAGGGCUUAUUGUUCCGGUUACCUUCAACCUUCAACAUUUUUCUUGACUGUUUCUGAAGAGGAAACACAGUAAAAAAGGUAAUUAGAUAGGUACCUCCUUUUCACUUUUCACCUCAACCUCGGAGGAGAAAAAUUAUUGCCUGCUUACAGAAGGUUUUUUGAAGUGUAUUGGGCGUAAAUAUCGUGAAGCAUUGACGGCGACAGUAUUAUUGCAUUCGCGAUAAAUUUAUCAGUAUUUCCUAGUAAUUUCCAUCAAGAUAGGGCAGACAUUGAGGGUCAUUGUCACUCAUCCUCAUUCUCCAUUUCGUUUCGAGGACUUUCGUGGACGAUUGUUACAUCGAAAUAUCGAGCUCCAAUUCAUCCACACCAUCUCUUGGGCACCUGAAGUACCUUCAGAUACCGAGAUUUUCUUAGCUGGUAAAACUUGAACUCCUCAUAUUCCAGUCUACUUAAUUGAACAAUGGUUGGCUGCUAGAUUUUUUUCUGAUAUCCAUCAUUCUCUGUUAUCGCAAUGGAUUUUGAGGAUCGCUUUCCCAAAUUAAUGGAGGAGCUUCAAGGGCAGCCGUGGUCCAAUCUGAGGACAAAGUUGGACAAUCUUUUGGAAGAUUUUCCAGAUGAAGAGAAAUCUGACAACAGAAGACUGAUAGAGACUAGAUGCGGGAAGCUAGAUAAAGCCGAUGUUGCUAUCUACGGUUGUUGUCCCGAGUUGGAAGAGUUAGUCGUUGUUCAAUGUAGAAUAUGCUCAAAAAUAGUUAAAGCUGAAGCAAUAGAAUAUCAUUAUGAAACAUGUCAUGAAGAGGCGCAUAAAUUAGUGGUUAAAGCAGUGGAAGAUAAGCGCACAUCCACGGCAGAAUUGAAGCAACUUCAAGAAACGCUCUCUACUUUUUCCAUCAAGCCUGCCACUACUGUAAAACCAGGGAAGCAGACUCCGUCGGGAAAAUCUACUAGCUUAAAAACUCCUGUUUCAAAAUCUAAAACGAAAUCGAAAAAAUUGGUUAUUGAUCCAGUUGUCCCUUCCUCCUCCAAAGCCUUGUUCCCUCCUUCGCCGCAGUCUAAACCGAGUACCUCUCAAAACAAGGUCCCCAUACCUGUGGCGAACUCACCUCAAAGUCAAAAGAACACUGUGAUACUCGAAGUAGAAAAACCCAAAUUAGAGCCAGUCAUUUCACUCGUCAAGAUUGACGGCAAAGACGGGAGUACUGAGAAUGAAACCCCUCUGUCACCACCUCAACUGACACCGCAAGUCCAUGUUGCGCCUCCUGUCAUCCCUCCAACUAGUUUACACAUCAAAACCCAGUCUAAAUCAAAGCCAUUGCGAAAUCGGAGCAGCAAUGGUGUCAAUAGCACCACCGUCAUCCCUAACAUCAUUAGCCCAACAACAAAUAAUGUUGUCAGCAGUGUGACCAGCCCUAGUCCAAAGGUGGAAAUAGACUUAGACAAGCAUUGUGGUGUAGAAACAGACGGUGCACAAUGUGCGCAGCUAUUAUCAUGCAAGCUUCACACUUUAGCAAUGAAACAGGAAGUUAAAGGUAGAAGCAGAAAACUUGAGGUCUUUUUACCAGAGCAUGUCUCAGAGAAAGAGACUGUUAAGAAGAAAAAGGAAAUCAAAGUAGUGAAAGCAACGCCAGAUUCGACUACGCCUCUCAUAGCUCCAUUUCCCACUCCAAAAGUGGAGGUCACCCAGAAGUCGGUUUUAGAAGCUGCGAAGAAGUUCACACCUAUUGUAUCUUCCCCUCCAGCACUUAGUUCGGCUCCUGUAAUACCUAGUCCUGCCUCUGCCAGAAAAGAAGAUUCUGAGGAGAAAGCGAAGAAGCCUGCUUCUGUUGGGACAGUUUGUACAACCAAUAAUUUCCCACUUGAGCGGACCCCUGCGCCAUUCUUCAAAGCAUCCUUUCUGAAAGCUUUUGAAGACCUUCCUCGCUGUUAUUGGCCUCAUCGUUUCUCCGGAAACUCAGAUAUAGCAUCACCAUUGCGGAUUCAUCCGUUCAUGGUUUGCUACUCACUCAUGCAUCGAACGCGGAGAGGCAUGAAAAGCAUUCGUUACUAUACGAAAAAUUAUCCCUCUGGUUCAUUGCGAUCAAAGAAAGUGAUUAAUCCGUUUACGUCUUUAUCCCGAUUGAUACCCAAAGAUAUUAAGCCUGUCAAUACAAAUCAGGUUAAACCUAUGGCUAUGUGUAAUUACAAUUACCAAAAAUGUGGUGGACUCCUGUACUCCAGUAGGAGGAUUCACCUGGCUCGAUUUGGGCUUCAGAGCAUUUUAAUGAAGACCUCGGCAACUAAUUGUCAGACUGACUCUCCAUCAUCCACUAUUAGUUACAUGUUAAACAACAUGAGUUCCAAGGCCUCGCUCGUGAGUCGAGGAAUACCGAACAAAAAAAGUGCUCCCCGCCCAGCUGUAGUCCCUCAGAAGUCUACAUCUCAAACUUCUAGUUCUGCUAGUCUCAUUAAGGUUUCUAAUUUCAAGUCGGUCCUAUCUCAAAAUUCCCCAAAAGUGGCUGUGAAGAAUUUAAAGAAUAAACAAUUCCAUGUUCCUAAUAUUCUGGGUAAUAAGAGACUGUCUGAAAACGCAUCUAAAGCUAAUCUGAAGAAAACGAAAAAGAAAGUGCGGACAAACAGCUCAUCUGAAAUGAAUACUUCUCAGAUGAUAAAUGAUUUUUUGUCCAAAAACUCGAGUUUGAAACAGAAGAAAAAUGAUGCAAACGUACCCGUCUUGAGGUUUGCCAUUGCUAACGGCCGUGUGGAAGCUGCAGGAGAGCAGAAGACUGUUUUUUCUACUAGUUUAAUUAAAGAUAUGAAGACUGUUAAACCAGAACCUACCGUCACAUCGAAUUUGACCUCAACUAGCGUACCGAGUGUAUCCAUGGAGCAAAGUUCAAAUGGCACUGAUAGUAUUGGUUCUCAACAAAUAACAUAUUUAACUGCUAGCCCAGUAACUUUUCAGCAGAUUUCUCUAAGGAUGUUAAACCAGUUACAGGGCAAAUCUCAGGCUCCAACCAACAACGGUAUGGUUAAGAUCGUGGCAAACCCUGCGGGUGGCACACUGGUUAAAGUGCCUCAGAGCCUCAUAUUCCAGGACCAAAACUCCUCGGGGUAACGUAUCGGCUAUUCCAUACUGUUGUUUACAGUCUGUAGUAUUUCUCUAUAAGCGACAGAAUCAAAUGGGAGGUAAGAUGCUUUUGCCUCCUUCUUGAAGUUGUUCCCUACUAAUGAAAGUUGCCUUGCCCACCAAUCAUCACUUCCCCUCUGUGGUUAAAAAAAAUAAAAAUCAAGUGAUGAUUUGGGAGCCUUGCAAUGAGACCGUAAAUCUCUUUCUUCAAAGAAUUUGCGGCUGUCCCUCUAAUGGUUGGCACGUCUAUUUCAGAAUGUGGAAAGUUGUUUUGUAUGUAGUUGCCAAUAAGAGGUAUUUUAAUUUCUCAUGACCUUAUUCCUAUUCUAAAUUGUUAUAUUUCAAUUUGUUUUACUUCCCUGACAAAGGGACUCUUAGAAGAGAAUUAUGUGAUCAUGUUGUAAGUCAGUAUCUUAAGGAUCUUCGUUGAGCCAAGAAAGUUAUUGAUGAAAAAUUUCCUCCCCGUCUUAUGUUUUCUUCUUUUUUCCUAGCACAAAUUUAGGCAUAUUUUUCACAGCCUGUUUUAUUGUGCUAAUUUUUCCCCCUCUUCCCUCUCUUUUGAACCGAUAGCUUAACGUUUUCUAGUCAUAUUUAUUUGCUUGAAUUUCCAGCUCUUUUUACCUUUUGUAAGUAGGAACGUAGGUUCAGUUUCUCUUUCCCAUGUACCCCCUCUCCUUUUUUCCUAGAUCAUUCGGGUAAUUAGUUUUGAGUUGUAAAGAAAUCGUAUAUUCCUCUGUCUUUUUUAUUUUUAAACAGAGGAAACUAUGGACAUGAUUGAAUCACUUCCUCAGUAUUUUGUGUAAGUGUGCUGUAGAUUUUGGGUAGUAAAAAGAAUGCCCUUACUUCUAAUUUCCACUGUAUCACUAAGUUGUUUACAGUAACUAAAUCCUAUCAACCAAACACUUUUAAUUGUGGUUUUUAAUCAACAGGAUGUGAUGAAUUUACCAACCAUCCAAGGUUGGCAUCUUCCGUCUGUCUAUUUUAUCUUAUCUUUGAUUGAUGAAACAACAAAUAUAUGUAUAAUUCUUAAAUAUAACAAGAAUAAUAAUUUGUAAAAUAAUUGAAACAUAGACUGAAUUUUUAUGAUUGGAGUCACAUCAUAAGGUUUCGUGAUUUUUAAUGGACCCUAAGCUCUAUGAUAAAUGUUGGUGUUGCCUUAACGCAAUCAUAUUUUUAGUGAUUUUGCUCAGUCAGAUUGUAGUGCUAAAUUAUUCCUCUCAGCUUUUUAAUCGUAUCUUAUCCGUUUAUCUCGGUGUUCCGUCUGUCAUUAAUAACCUCCAGCUGUAGUCAAAGAUGCUUUAUUCUCCAAUGAGAAAACUAGUGGUAGGAUACGUGUAAACAUUUUAAAGCUGAGAUUUUGUUUGUCAACCUAUUGCGACUGUAGGGGACAAUGGUGGCCAGACACCAUGCUCAUUACUGCAUUUCAUAUGCAUUUAAUAUUUAGAUAAAAUUCUGUAGUUAUAUUGUAUUGUGUAAGUGUGAUUAACCUGUUUGAUUGUAUGCACUUUGUUGAAUACAAUGCAUUUGUCUCCCUAAGUUUUACGGAGUGCAGCCGGGUGUCUUGAAAUGUCUAUUCUUUUCAGAGUGCCAAAGGGUCGGAUGCCUUAUGGCACAGCUGUUAACCAACCUGACAUCAAGGUGUCUACAGACUGAAAACCUAGAAAAUGAUAGAAUUUCAUGUAAAAGACUGGAAUCUUUUCCUCUUUCUUGAUUGCUCUCUGUCUUGUUUGUGUUUUACAAACUUAGAACAUCAUAAUUAGAAACACUCAAAUUAUAGUUUCCUCCCUUAAAUUCUCCAAACUAAAAUCAAGUUGAAAACAUUAAGGUCAGCUCUUAAACCUAUUGACUUAAAUUUACAAGCUCAUUUUGCUUUUUGAGUCUGAUGAACUUGCAGGGCAGAAUGGAAACUGAAACAAAUUCUGAGACUUGGCCCGUUUUUGUAUGCAUUUUCGAUCAUUUUCUGGUCAAUAGCAUUAUAUAUCACCUCUUUUAUAAGGUGUAUGAUCAACUCUAGGCUAUUUUACUCGUCAUAUUUUUGCUUUAAUGUGAUAUUUCAGUUUUAAUGCUCCCAUAUUACAUACUCGGCAGAUAUUUUCCAUGAUUUGGAUGAUUUUCCGACUCAUGUAAUUUUUAACAGAAAUCUGUGAACAUUAAAAACUUUUCAAAAGUUCUAUUAGAUUGUAUUACAUAAUGAGUGUUAAUCCCAGUUAUUAGCAGUGGUAGAUGAGUGUUGCGCCCACUUAUAGAUCUCGAAGAUGUUGGUUUAUAUCAAAUAUAAAUCGAGUCAUGCAAAAAGGGCGGAAGUUCAAAGACUCAUCAGCCAUGGCUUUCAUCUUCAAUAAAUUCGAGCAUGGCUCAUUUAUAUCUGAUUCCCGCCUUUUUCGCCAUGCUGGUCAGUAUGAACAACAAAAGCGAUUGUCCAUCAGUUCUUGGAACUCUGCCUUUUUCGCAGGACUUGAAUUAUGCACCAUUAAAUCUGAGCACAUGUGGAUUGCAAAAUAGGGAAGAAAUAGGUUUCAUUAAUCUUUUUUAUUUAUAUGCAUGGCUCAGCAGUUCCUACAGAAAAAGAAACAGGAAGUGUUGGUCGUUUUGGUCAGGGGAGACGUACAAGAGUGAAGGAAAUUUUUCCCUUCAAUCUGUAGACACCCUGGUUACUUGGUUUUGCUAGUUCAUAUUGUUGUAACAACUUUAGACACCCUGCUCCAGAUCAGUAUAGUUGCUAUAGUUUUCAUAAUGUCAAGAAUGAUUUUAAAAAAAGUCUGCUUAAUUCCUUGCUCUAAAUUUUUCACACUAGAUUUUAACAAGAUGGAUUUCAUUCUUGUUUUACCAAACGCCUUUAUUGUAAGAAAGAAAACUCAAGGGCUUAUGAAUUACCUAACUUGUUAACGUGUCCCAAUUUUAUAAAUUUGAUCGUUUUUUAAAGUAAGCUCAUAAAAACUUGUCGUCCUUAUACACAUGUUGCAUGUUUAAAAAAGAAGUUUAAUGUCAACCUUUAAUUAUGUCCACAUCAUUUUAUAAAAUUUCAUUGUAAAUAACAAAAAUUAAUAUCAUUUUCAAAAGUUUUCAUAGAGAAUUCAGAAUUUGUGUUUCUGUGAAAAUAAUUAUGCUUCUGGGCAAAAAUUGCAAAAUUUCUAUGGAAUGUUUUGAUGAAGACUUUCCUGACCACUUUUUUCGGUCUGAAAGUAAAAUUUAGAGACACAAGUGAGGAAGGUUUGACUAGCAAUGAGUCCAUAGGACAAAACUCGCCAAGGAGUAAAAAGACAAUACUUAUGUAUACAAUAUAUACUUAUUAUCUUUUCGACUACCCUGGUAUCACAUUAAAAAAUUUGUCUCAGACGUAAUCUAACAUCUUCCCCCUAGAAAUAAAUAUAGAAUACAAAAUGAACCAAUCAGUAAGGAAAUAAUCUUUCCAACAAUUCCAAUAAUGAUUUCCCCAGUUAAUGUUUAUUGUUGAUUCUAAUGCUCUAUUCCUGCGUGCUAGUUAACUUCCUAGCUGCUUUUUAAAAAAAAUUGCAAAUCAAUAAGCCAAUAAUCUUAAUGUAAGUUGUAGUAGCUUAAUAGCCAAUAGCAUGUACCAUGCCUAUAAUGUUCUUUAAAGCCUGCCUAAGGUUUUGGCAUAGGUAAUAGGUGCUUUGUAUAAUUAGAAGAUGGAUUGAGCCACAUGUCUGGCCUAUGCUUAACAAAAUGUUACAUUGUUGCAGAGUAUUACAAUAAUUUCUAGAAAAUAUCCCUGAAAAAUAUAUUACAAACUAGAUUGAAGUCUUUCCUGUGCCCAUUCGUAUUAAAUUCUAAAUUUUUUUUUAUAAUAUAAAUUUCUAAGUGUUGAUGUCUGUUCUGGUUCUCUAAAGUGUAUCAGACAUUCAAAAAUCUGAAACUUCUCUAUGUAAAAUCCCUUGUAAUCAUUUGUCUCCUGAAUUAUUGAAAUUUGCUAAAAGCAAAACUCAUCUUUAGUUCAAGCCUUUGGUUUUAAUAUCUUUGAAGUGAGCUCUUGUAAAUGAAAUUAAAUGCUGUUGAAUCUGGGCUGUUUUUAAGUAUGAACUUGGUCGCAACUUCAUUUAAAAUUUGAGAUUUUUUUUUUUAUUUCCUUGUUAUCCCGAAGGUUGUGCUAGAUUUUUAUGAGUGUUUUAAUUUAUUCACGUUACUUUUUCUUCGAUUCAUUAUUUUAUUAUCCAAAUAUCAUGUUAUGUUGCAUUGUUUCCUAAGUCAUUGUGUAUUGUGAUUCCUAGCACAUGAUCAAUUUUGUAAAUAUUCUUCACGAAUACAAUUUUUAGGUCAAUGUCCAAUGUUUCAUAGCAUUUCAUUGGAAGUACGUCCAUUUUAUUUAGUAUUUACUCGAGUCUAAUGUCGCUUCAGACUCAGAAAAAUUAGGCAAGUCUGCAUCUCUGUAAUCUCAUCUGUGAAGUUGGAUAAUUUUUUAGGGCUCCUGACGCACUGUUGUCCGGGAGCAAUUAUUGAAUACAUUAUACAUAGUUAAUCAAACCAGAAAUACCUAUUCAGCAAUUUUGAACUUUGCCGAAUGAGUAGCCUUCAACUAAUAUGAUUGGUUUUUUUUUUCUUCCUUUUUUUUACCUCCUAUUUUAUUCUGUAUUGAGUCAAUCCCUUCACAUUUAUACAUAGACUGUCCCGAAAUUCUUUAGAAGGAUAAUUUGUAUGUUUACAAAUCAUUUUCCCAAAUUUGUCACACAUGACAAAAUUGUAUCAAAAGAUGUCUCUAACUUGCCUACGUUUUUUAACUUAUAUAUGUAUAUCUGUGUUCGUGAUUGCCUGAACAUUUCUAUCAGGAUUCGGAAGAUUCUCUGCAGAUUUUAUUGUUUGAGGCUUUAUAGCUAACAAUCAGACUGGUCGAUUUUUAACUUACUCUUCUGUCUUUUUAUGAAAAAUGUUCUGAUGAUUGAGAUAAUCUUUUUCUUCAUUGUAUCAUUGAAUCCGCUGAAAAAAUUCACAGAUUUCAUUAUUUUUAUUAAAAUCAAGGAGCUCUCAGUCCAAGGAAUUCAUUUUUCCAUUUAAUUAUUGAGCUUCUUUGACAUGGGCAAACUGCCACCCAACAGUAGGGGAACUUAAGAUUAACCUCACAUUUGGUUUCAUUGAAUCAGCAUCAGCUGUAGCUUGUAAAGCUGUAACUUGUCUGCCAAACUGCUUCCAUGUGCUCUAUUUUAACACAAGUUAUGAUGGUGCAAUUUUCCUACUUCAUAACUAAAAACCCUUUCUCUAUCGAUUUUUUUAUUUUUUUUCGUGGUCAUUAUCCUUAAAUCUGAAGAGUUUGAAUGAAAAGCAUACGGCUUGUUACUGAGCACUGUUGCUUGCUUAAUCUGUAUUUUCUAAGUAAAGAAUUCCUUAAAACAAUUGUCAGCAGAUGAGGAAAUACCGUCUACAGUCUGUUAUGUAUUUUUUUCUAAGUUUCUCAAUGCUACAUAUUAAGCCUUCAUUUUAAUGAUAUCCUCCUGUAAUAUGGAGUUGUUUGCAUGUACGUUACUAUCUUCGCAACCAAUCGGAAUCAUAGAAUUUAUAUUUUUGUCUCUUGGUGAAUCAUCGGAUGGUCUGAUCAAGUGUAUUAUAUCUAAAUCAUGAAUAGCUCCUCUAUGGUUUUUUCAUACUUUAUGUGUUCCAAAAGUUUGUUACGCUGUUAUAUUCUUAUUUGUUAAAUUCUUUGAUUUACUAAAAAAAAUUACUAAUGGACCCCAUUUUUUUUACCGUGACCGGAAAAUAGGUUAUCCAAUCAUUAAAAUCUUACAGUCAGCUUUUCAAAUUUUUUUUUUGUCUUCUUUUUUUUUUAGUUGUGUCCAAGUUUAAAUUAAACAGAAAGAGGAAGAAAAUUUCCGAAAGGUGUCAAUGAGGUGAAAAAAAGUUCAUAUUUAAAGUGAUGACUGUUUCAGAAAUUCCAAUGAAUAGGAGGCAAGUCUUAGUUUUAUGACUGACUGAAUUAAGUAAUAUGUUGGCUCAGCAUGACUUUUCAUGUAUAAAUAUUUACCCAACACAUCUCAUGGAAAUGUCUAAUGACUGAAGUUCACUCUGGAUUUUCAACAAAUUAGGGCUUUGAAAUUCUUGGACAUAAUACUUGAAUUGUAAACCCAUAUUCAGCCUUUCAAAAGGAGUCUACACAUAAUUAAGAAACCUAUUCCCUCCAUUUUCAUUUUUACUCAGUUUAAUCUUUAUUUGUUUCUUAUUCACUCGAUCAAAGUGAUUCUCCUCAGCAACUUGGUGUGAAGUCGAUUUGGCAUCUGUACCAAUUUACCAAAAUCCUCAGGUAAAAUUAAAAAUGUGUGAAAUUUUGAAAUUUCUUGGGAAUGCCAAACAAACCUUUCAGAUCAUUUUAUUGUAGGUUCCCAUCAGAAACACGUUAUUGACUGUUUUCAUCUUUUGAACUAGCGGUAUGCAGGUAAAUGCUUCUUAUUAUCCCCAUUUAGCUCUUUCGUAACCUUCAUUGUGAUACUAUUGUAUUUUAUUCUCUUUCAGCUUGUUGAAUCAUAUAUCAAGUGAAUGUAUUUUUUUCUUUCUAAUGUAAUUUUUUUUUUAUUAUCGAAUACAAUACAUGUCCUAAUUUUUGACUUUA